UAGCGCAAAAUUAAUAAAGUAUGAAAUUCAGCCGGGCAAUUCUACCCCUUCUUUUCUUUGUUGUGAUAUUGUGCAGUUUGUUUUUACCAUCAGAGGGCCGGCGAGGAUGGUAUGGUAGAUCACUAGGAUAUCGUGGUUAUGGUGGCUAUGGUUACGGUCGUGGCUAUGGUUACGGUGGUCGUGGUCGCUUUGGUUAUGGUGGUCGAGGUCGCUACGGUUACGGUAGAUAUCGUCGCUAUGGUUACGGGAGGCGUCGUUACGGCUGA